GCGUGGACCGGGAUGACAAUCCUGGACAAGUCAGUUCAUUCCACCUAAAAAGUUAAAAGAGGAAAUUAACGGGCCAAUUUAUUGACUAAAAUACCCUUGUUACAAUUGGUUUGACAUUUCCUCAUUAACCUACACUGAUUGACCAAUCGAAAACCCUAAUUUUGACCAAUCGGACAAUACCCGUAAAAUGCCUCAAGGCUCCAAGCACAGUCAAGAUCCCACGGACCCAAAAUCAAAGGCUUUAUUUUUUAUUUUUUUUAUGGUCGUAAAUUAUUUUUUGUAAAAAAUAUAUUGAUGGGGUUAUUUUUUAUUUUAUUUAAUGCAGAAGGUGAAAGGAGUUGAAAUUGGGGUUCCAAUAGUGUAUGGAAAUGUUGCAUUUUGGCUUGGUAAGAAGGCAAGCGAGUUCCAGUCUCAUAAAUGGACUAUUUACGUUCGUGGUGUAACUAAUGAGGAUCUGAGUGUGGUGGUGAAACGUGUGGUUUUUCAAUUGCACGCAAGUUUUAACAAUCCUACGAGGGUUGUGGACACACCGCCUUUUGAGUUAUCAGAAUCUGGAUGGGGUGAAUUUGAAAUUGUGAUAACCCUUCAUUUCCACACUGAUGUUUGUGAUAAACCAUUGCACUUAUAUCACCAUUUGAAACUAUAUCCAGAGGAUGACUCUGGGCCUCUGUCCACUAAGAAACCUGUUGUAGUAGAGUCAUAUGAUGAAAUUAUUUUUACGGAGCCUUCAGAGGCUUUUUUUGCCCGUGUACAGAACCAUCCAGCAGUCAAUGUGCCUAGACUACCACCUGGCCUAAAUUUACCUCCUGUACCAAUAGAAGAUGUUGAUCGAAAGAAACGUGGUGACACCAAAGAUCAUCCUCUAAGUCAAUGGUUCACUAAUUUAUCUGAAGCAGACGAGCUGUUAAAACUUACAGCAGCUCGGCAGCAGGUGCAAGGUCAUAUCGCAAGAUUGAGAAGACAAUUGAGCUUGGUAGAUGGCCAGCAUCAACAAUUGAAACCUGCCCCUGAUCCGUGAUUGUGUAUCAUAAUAAUAUCUACAGUCAUCCAUCCAAUUUUCUCUGCAGAAG